CAUUUGUGUUCAGUUUGGACAGUACUUCAUCUCAUCUGAACUUGAAAGUUGAAGAUACCUAUGUUGAAUGGGAUCCUACUGGAGGCAAAGGCCAAGAAAAAUUGAAAGGAAAGGAAAAUAAAAGCAGUGGCCAGAAUCCUCUGCUGAAGAGCAAUAGAAGAAGUGGUGCCCCGUCUCCAAAGAGGACAUCUGUUAGCACAAGAUCCUCGCUGAGGAGCAGCAGAGAUCAUUUUACUGGUGAAUCAUACACAGUGUUGGGAGACACUGCUGUUGAAAGUGGACAGCAUUACUGGGAAGUAAGAGCCCAGAAGGACUGCAAGUCCUAUAGUGUGGGAGUAACAUAUCGAAAUCUGGGGAAGUUUGACCAGCUGGGAAAGACUAAUUCAAGCUGGUGCAUCCAUAUCAACAACUGGCUGCAAACAACAUUUUCAGCAAAACAUAAUAAUAAAACCAAGACUCUAGAUAUACCUGUUCCGGACAGAAUAGGAGUAUACUGCGACUUUGACGGAGGUCAGCUUUCAUUUUAUAAUGCAAACUCAAAGGAGCUGUUACACACCUUCAGAACAAAGUUUACCCAGCCAUUAUUACCAGGAUUCAUGAUCUGGUGUGGUGGGCUUACAGUAAGUACUGGAUUGCAGGUGCCAAGUGUUGUGAAAACACUCCAGAAAAGUGAAAAUGGAUUGAGUGGUUCAACAAGUAGCCUAAACAAUAUUGCCUAG